AUGUCAACUGAGUCUGUGGUAGUACAAGGUCUCAUUUUCUCCCAGCACACACAACUUAUUGCAUUGCUUGCGGUGAAACAUUGUGUGUCAGCUGUGGUGCGGCAACGUUCUUUACGUGUACGAAAGACUCUACGCGAUCUCAUCAACAAGCCCAAGCCCGUCAAGCAACAAAACAACUUGACAUUACCACUGCCCCACUUGCCAGAUGACCAACACCACGAAUCCAACCCAUCAGUACGCGAAGAAUACGUCUAUGAUAUUCUAUAUGAAUGUCAACGUGGUUCUUGGGUAGUGGGCUACAGCUCGAAAACUCUCCUCCAAUUCGAUCCUAAUCCUUGGUGCGAUGCUGAUAUGCAAUAUACCCCAAUGGACACUACGACUUAUCAGUUACCGGAUCCGACAUGGCAAUGGGUCACCAAAGAAUGGAUGGUGGAUAUGUCCGGUGAUGUAGAUGAAGCGGGAUGGCAAUACGCUCUCAAGUUUCAUGGUGCAGUAUGGCAUGGCAAUUACAAGCAUUUUCGAUCCUUUGUCCGACGUCGCCGAUGGAUUCGUUUAAGACGACGCUUAGUACCAGUGGAAAGCGAGGAGCAAGAAGAAGAAGAGACGAAGGACAAUGAACAAAAGUUGAUCAACGUGGAUGACAAUGACAGCGGAUUUCCACAAUCAUCAUCAUCAACGUCAUCCUCAUUUCAAGCAUUGGAUAAUCCACAACAUCUCAAAGAUGAGCUCGCCAAAUGUCGAUUGGAUAGAGAACGACUCAGGGUACUAGGUCAAGUAGUGUCUAUGGGUGGUAGCACAUCGGAGCAACUUUUGCGGCAGGUACAAGAGAUCCUUGACACGCUUCAAUAUGAAUCCUCCAAACGGCAAUUCCUCGAGCAAUUGUUCAAGACACGUCCCGAGUUAGGAAUGGAAGAGAAACGUGCAUUACAAUCACUGCGUUUUUACACUGAUACCCAAGCCAUCUUGGACACUUUUUAA